CCGCUUAGCAAUAUUUCUUGCCGAUGACAAAUCCAAGUAUCUCUCCACUUUGUUGACUACAGUCAAGAGCUAGUUGGUCACGAAGGAAAAAAUAAGCUAAUAGAAUUUUUCAACUUGGUUUACACUCGCCCUCUCGAUUUAAGGUUCCCUUCGCAUUCGGUUAUUUCAGUUCCGAUGCCCCCGAUGACGUCGAACAAAGCCGCCUGGAUCAAGAAAGCCGGUAGCUUAAUUGAGGUAGAGACCGUCGAGAACUGGGUUCCUAACUCUGGGGAGCUUCUGGUCCAGGUCGAGGCUGUCAACUUCAACCCCAUUGACGCAAAACUUCAAAGGUCUGAUAUAUUUCAACCCCAAUACCCGCUCAUUGUUGGAUUCACAUUUGCGGGGACGGUUACUUCUACCGGUCCCGGUGUCAGUUCGGUCAAGCCCGGUGAUCGAGUAGUCGUGGGCCGAUGGGGCAAGGCUGGAAGCGAUAAUAAGUUCGGAGCGCUUCAGAAGUAUGCACUAGCUCUGGAAGAGUAUACGUUGAAACUUGAGCCAGAGAUCAGCUUUGAGGAUGCCUCGGGGGUUAUCGCCAACUUAGCGACCGUUGUCUCUGCUCUCAAUAUCUACAUGGGCUUGUCUUUGCCUCCGACUGUCGGAAAGGCCCAGCCAAACGGCAAGCGAGUACUUGUGUAUGGUGGAUCAUCGGCAGUUGGAGGACUGGCCGUAAAGUUUGCUUCGGAUGCUGGGUAUGAGGUCGUAACUACCUCGUCGAUGGCGAAUAAGCAGCUUGUCCAGGAGCGGAAUGCAGCCCAUAUAAUCGAUCAUGGCCAGUCGAACGAAGAUAUCCUCCGGGAACUACGAGCCCAUGGACCUUACGAAGGAAUUUUUGAGGCCAUUGGCUCGCAGACGACCACACAACUCAUGGUGGAAUUGCUUCGAGGAACCGGCGGCCAGUUUUUCUCGACCAGUCCUUCUCCUGGGGAUGAUCAGAUUCCAAGCAACGUUCAGAAGAAGUGGGCUGGAUAUUCCGAGACCCUUGUCUCCGAAGAAGAAAACCGGGCCUUACGUGUGUGGUACUUGGAGAUCUAUCUACCGGAAGCCCUGAAGAAUCGCUCGGUAUGGCCCAAUCCUGCAUUAUGGCUCAAAGGAGGCUUAAACUCCGCUCAAGAGGCAUUGGAUUUGCUGUAUGACGGCAAGGUCAGUGGAAAAAAGAUUUAUCUCAAUCCGCAAGAGUAGCAUAGUAUCGGCUGGCAUUUUAUUUGUUUUAAGAUGAU